AUGGAGGGACUCUUGCAUUAUAUAAAUCCAGCACAUGCUAUUUCUCUCCUAAGUGCUUUAAAUGAGGAACGACUAAAAGGGCAACUUUGUGAUGUUGUUCUGAUAGUGGGAGACCAAAAAUUUCGAGCUCAUAAAAAUGUUCUGGCUGCCAGCAGUGAAUAUUUUCAGUCUCUGUUCACUAAAAAAGAAAAUGAGUCUCAAUCAGUGUUUCAGCUUGACUUUUGUGAACCAGAUACUUUCGACAAUGUAUUAAACUACAUUUACUCAUCAUCCUUGUUUGUUGAGAAAAGUAGCCUUGCUGGUGUGCAAGAAGUGGGCUACAGUCUUGGAAUUUCCUUUCUUACUAACAUUGUUUCCAAAAGUCCUCAAAUUCCAUUGCCUGCAUGUCCUAUUAAGAAAAUAUUUUUCCAAGAGGAUGAUGAAAGCAAUUCCCAGAAAAGGAGUGUCAUAGUUUGUCAGAGCAAAAAUGAAGCACAGGGAAAAAAUGUUGGUCAAACCCCACAUGAUGUAAGCCAUAAUUCUAAGUCCUCGUCCUCAGUUACUGUCAAACCUAAGCGGCCACAAUCUACACAGCCAAUUGAGUUUCUACAUAGCCUAUCGCAAAAUGAAAGGAGAUGGCUGAAAGACAGUUCUUUAAGAUAUUCCAAGUCCCAUGAACAUUCUUCGGCUACAGCAGAUGAUCAAAGCAGAACUAAAAGGGAUGCAGUAUUGUCACAGAAAACAUCAGUAGAGAAAGAAGUGGCAGCAGAUGAAGCAGGAGGAAGUGAUCAGUUCCUAAGAGGAAAGGCAGCAGAAGUACCUUUGAAAAGACCUUGUCCACCAGUCUUAUCAUUACGUAGCUCAUCCGAAUCCACAUUUUUGUUGAGAGAGACAGGAAAAGGAGCUGGUCCAGGGGAAGACAGGAAUUUGCUAUACUAUUCAAAGUUAGGAUUAGUGAUCCCAUCGAAGGUAUCUGGUCCUGCGAACCAAAGUGUUGACAGGAGUGGGCCACUUGUAAAAAGUCUCCUUCGAAGGUCAUUGUCCAUGGAUAGUCAAGUUCCUGUUUAUUCUCCUUCUGUUGACUUCAAGUUUUCUCAAGGACCUUCAGUGGUGAACAACACACAAGGGAGAAUGUUAAAUGUAAUGUCACAAAAGCCAUCUGUGAAAGAGUCUUCGGGAGAGGCAGCUUCUAAUGACAAGACACAUGUAAUGUACCCCCAUCGCCUUAGGUCCUUUAGUGCCUCCCAGUCUGGAGACAGGGAGGUUGCUUCACCUCUUAGAGAAAUACGGAUUAAAACAGAACCUAGCAGUCCACUUUCAGAGCCUUCUGAAAUAAUAAGAAUUACUGUUGGGGAUGCUUCAUCAUCUUCCAUUAAGAUCAAUGCUUUUAAAACAGAAGAUGAUCAUAAGGUUCUCAGUAGACUCCCAGCUAAAAGGAGGUUUCAAGCAGACAGAAGGCUACCACUCAAAAAAAUUAAAGUGGAUGAACAUGCUUCCCCUGGGUCCGAGGACAAUUUUGAGGAAAACUCAAAUCCUAAACCCCGUGAUGCUGAUUUCCCAGAUUCUGACAUUAGCAAAGAUGAAUAUAGUGAGCUGGAAGAAACAAAGCCUAACAAAAAGUUUAAGUGCAAACAUUGCCUUAAGAUAUUCAGGUCAACAGCAGGCCUUCAUCGUCAUGUCAAUAUGUACCACAACCCUGAAAAACCCUAUUCUUGUGAUAUUUGUGAUAAGAGAUUUCAUACAAACUUCAAAGUUUGGACGCAUUGCCAGACACAGCAUGGAAUUGUGAAGAACCCUUCGCCGGCUUCCAGUUCCCACGCUAUCUUGGAUGAAAAGUUCCAAAGGAAAUUAAUUGAUAUAGUGAGGGAGCGAGAGAUUAAAAAGGCCCUGAUCGUCAAGCUAAGGCGUGGCAAGCAAGGUUUUCAAGGACAGGCUGGUUCACAAGCACAGCAAGUCAUCAAAAGAAACCUGAGGUCGAGAACCAGAGGAGCCUAUAUAUGUACCUACUGUGGGAAGGCAUAUCGCUUCCUCUCACAGUUCAAGCAGCAUAUAAAAAUGCAUCCAGGGGAAAAAGCAGUUGGAGGAAAUAAGCCACUUAAGCCCAAAGAGGAACCUCGCAUCGAAAGCCCAGUAGAAAACAAAAAAGUUUACCAGUGCCGCCUUUGUCAUGCUAAGUUUCCCUCUCUUCUUGAACAGGGGAAUCAUGAGCGGCUCUGCCGGAAUGCAACCGUCUGCCCAUACUGCAGCCUCCGUUUUUCUUCUCUAAGCCUGAAGCAUGACCAUGAAAUGGCAUGCGAAUACAAGAAGCUCACCUGUGUAGAAUGUAUGCGCACUUUCAAAUCCUCUUUCAGUAUUUGGCGUCACCAGGUUGAGGUUCACAAUCAAAAUACCAUGACUCCGACAGAGAAUCUGUCUCUGCCGGUCCUGGAACACAACGGCGAAGUGAGCGGCACUUCCAGGCUGCAUUCUCAGCUGGAGCCGAACAAGACGAACAGCUUCGUUGCAGCCAAAGAAGACAGCGUGUUCAGCGACUCCUCUGAGCAGAUUAAUUUUGACUCGGAAGAUUCCUCAUGCCUCCCCGAAGAUCUGAGCAUCUCCAAGCAGUUUAAAAUCCAAAUCAAAGAAGAGCCUGCAGAUGAUUUAGAAGAGGAGGUCUCUGAAGGCAACCAGGAACACAAGGAAACCAUCUCCAAUAAAGACACUGGCUUGUGGCCUUGUGAAAAAUGUGGGAAAAUCUUUACAGUACACAAGCAGCUAGAGCGCCACCAGGAGCUUUUGUGUUCUGUGAAGCCCUUCAUUUGCCAUGUAUGCAACAAGGCCUUCCGCACAAAUUUCCGCCUGUGGAGUCAUUUCCAGUCCCACAUGGCACAAGCUACAGAGGAGCCUGUGCGAAAGGAACCUGAGAUUUACGCACCAGCUAAUUCUCCGUCGCCCCCACCUUUGCCUCCUCCCCCACCCCUUCCCAAAAUACAACCUUUGGAACCCGAUAGCCCUACUGGGUUGUCAGAAACUCCUUCAGCUACUGAGAAAUUAUUUGUCCCUCAGGAAUCGGACACACUCUUUUACCACGCUCCACCACUUUCAGCGAUCACUUUCAAAAGACAGUAUAUGUGCAAACUCUGCCAUAGGACAUUCAAAACUGCAUUUAGUCUUUGGAGUCAUGAACAGACACACAAUUAAAAGAAAAAGGCAUAAAGAAUGCCUACAAUGGAUUUUUAAGAUUUAAUUUCCCUGAUGUUUCUGAAGUUACAGCAUUUGAAAUGAAGUUUUUAUAUACACAGUAUAUAUAAAGGGACAAGAACCCUCAGCAAUUAAAUUUGACAUUUGUGGUGCAGCUUUGGAUGUGGAGAUUAAGGUAAACUCAAUUUAUUGUUAGUAAAUUGCUCAUAUUUUAAGGCAUUGUGGUCUAGGAUCUCCUACUUAAUGAAUAAUUGCAUUCAUUUAAAUCUGGUUACAUGUUCUUCAGCCUGUGAGCCUGGUAUAUAUGGAUUUAUAUAAAAUGGCAACAGCAAGUUAAAAGAGUUUAGAAUAAUGCAAAUCCUGAAAAAUGUUUAUUGUUUUCACAGAGAUUAAUUCUCUCAUGGGCGCCAUAGAAAUAUUGGUCAUUCAUUUGAUGUUAAGGGAAGAAAUUGAGAAUUUUGCUGUGUUGACCUUGAUCUUAUUGAACGUUAGCAAUAACAAAUAAAACCUCGUUUGCGUUAACUUGACCCUUAUUGAAAACUGAUUAACAUGGAGUUUUUUGGUUACUGAAAUUUUCUGUAUGGAUAUUGUGCAAGAUACAAUACAAUUAAAUGUUAGCAAUAUGUGAAUAUUUGGAUUUUUAUAUAUAAAGUAGCAGCCAGCCUGCUUCCAGCCAUUUUAAAGCAUUUUUGAAGGAAGAGUAUCAAAAUGAAGAUGCUUUAUUUGGGCCUCAGAGGCCGAUAUUCUAUAGAUAUUUUGGUAACUAGACAAUGUGCUAAGCAACUGCCAACUGAUAUCCUAAUGCAAACUAUAUUACUGUUUUAAAUACAAAACAGCAUUGAGUGGAUGUUGAAAAUUAAGUUGUGCUUUGUUUCUUCUGAUUUGUAUUGGUGUGGAUGUGUUUUAUUACAGUGGAAUGUAUGACUAUGCUAGUUCUGAAAAGGAGAAGCAAAUGCAAUUUUUUUGGUGGUGAGCUCUGCUGAGACUACAAGAAAGUUUUUUGGGGGGAAGUUCAGAUGUAAAUAUUUACAUAUGUAUAAGUGAAUAAAAUAAAAACACAGAACCUAUAUUAAAUAUAACUAGUUCGGAAAGGAAAAUACAGUACCACAAAUGUAUUUCACAAAUAAUGAGCAGAAUGUUUCUCUUACCCUGUAUCAUACUUUGAAUAUCUUUUCGUUUUGUACUUAAAUAAUAAUAAUAAAAAGAUUGUUUAAAGCAUAUGAAGUACAAUCCAAUGCUCACUUAGGCAUGCUUAAGGCCUAUGGGUUGGAUUCAACGCUGUUGUUCCACUUGUACCGCAGACUUCUACUUGUGCAAUAGAAUGUCCCCCAUUCACCUGCAGACCCCUCAAAAUCUGCUCCAGAGGCUUGGGGGACCCUACCGAGUAGAUUUUGGGGGAGUAACAGGGGGGAGAUAAAGUUUUGUUGUGCAAACGGAAUUCUGUCACACAGCGUUUGAUAGGACUCGUUGAUUUUUGUGGGUCUAUUUUUGUGGUGACAUGCGGUCAUUCUUACUGUGUAAAGAGCAUGUAAAUUCCACUUCAUCCAGUGCAAUUUACACACACACCUAUUUAUAGGACAGGGGUAGCCAUAUACCUUUUCCAAAGAUCCAUGUGUGCUUAGAUUAUAUGCACAAAUUCUCGUACACAUUAAGUUUUCUCAUACCUGUUGAAAUAAAGGCAGAAACCAUUGGGUAGGCAAGUUCUGUGUGCACUUUGGUACUCAUGCAGUUGGAAAAGACUACUGGAGUUGGGUCAUUGAGUUGAAGCAGGGCACUUGCUCCCAAAUGGCAGAGUGGCAUCAUUAAUACAGAUAUCUGCCAGGAAGCUCUUGCGGUUUUGUUUCCUACUCAGGAAUUGACAUUUAAAACUAAUGAAUUGCUAGUUGCAUUUUAAACUUACGGUAAUCUAAUAGACUUGCCCUCACGGUUCAUUCUAAGGUAUGAACGCUGUAGUUGAAUUCUUAGCUUUUGGAAAAGCUAAGUGGGAAAGUGGGAAAAGACAAUAAACUUUGGUGUUCAGCACCAAGUAAUUAUGAGAUUCAUUAAAAGGAGUGAGAACUUGGUUCUUGAGUUCAUGUAGAGCGGGAGUAACAACUGCCACCCCAAUUUUAACUGAAUUUAUUUUUCAGGAAUUAUAUUGAUAUCAAUAGAAUCAACUUCCAUGCCAGUCCGGAAAGAACAACAUCAUAGCACAUUUCCUAAGAUUUACUACAAAUUUGGAAAAUAGUAGUAAAGAACCUAGUAGUACUUCCCAUUAAGAAGUAAUUUUGAUCUAUUUAAUGCCAUUAAUGUGAAAUAUGGUUGGGGUUUUUUUUACUUGUUUUCUGAAGACUAGUGUAUUAGAAGCUGCUUUUGAAACCCAGCUAUAUAUUAAAAGCAUGGGGAACUGCUCUUCAGAAAUGCAAAUAAAAUAGCUCAUUACCUGCAUGGAUCUUCCAUGGCUCCGUUUUAAGAUCCAACAGGGUGUGAGGCAUACAAAAGUUUGAUCUUUCUUUCCCAAACACUUAAGAUUUUGCAUGGCUUUCAAGUGGAAUAAGAACAUCAAGUGAUAAAAGCAUGAGUUGUGGCUUCGAACCCCAUGUGGCGUAAAAGAUUCCUGCACUGCUGGGGGUUGGACGAGAUGAUCUUCUGGGUCCCUUUCAGCUCUGCAAUCCUGUGAUUCUGUGCCGUGCAAUAGAACAGCCAAUUCUAAAAGUGGGAGCGGGGCCUAUUGAUUAGGAGCGAGACCUUUUUCUUUGGGCUAUAAGCAAAUAUUUGUAUCAAAACUCUGCUUAUUCCAUACUUAAAAGGUAUUUAGGGCAGUAUGCUCAGGGCUUUUCUCACACAUUCCAGAAUACCUUACCCAUAUCUGUGUGUAGCACAUAAAUACCUUCUGCAGAAAUAGUAGAACCUUUUCCAACUGCUGUGACGAGAAAUUUAUGCUAGUUGCAUCUUUUCUCCUUUAGUUUACACGUUGCGUGUCUCCAUAUGUUUAUCUGCCUAGAGAUGGGUAUGACUACUCAUAUGUAGACAGCAACGGAAAGUGCAACUCAACCUGCCUACAGUUUGUCCAUUGGUUUUAUACUAUGCGGUCAGUUUCAUUCAUCAGAACUUCACUGAUGUUAGUUAUAGAAUUUGUAUUAAUUUCAAUGGAUUGGAGUCCAUAUCGUCCUUUCUAGAUACCAGUAUUUUAUACUAGCAGGGCUCCUGUGCCUUUAAGCAGCUAUGGAGCAGACAUUUCCCCCAGCUUUGACUCCAUACUGGGAAUAGCUUCACCUGUUGAAUUUCUGCUUACAAGCCUUGCCAAAACCAGGUCCCCCCACCUCAGUCCUAGAAAAGGGAAAUAUGCCUUCAUAGCAGUGCUUUGUUAACUGAACCCUCAAGCAUCUAGAAAAGGGAAGCCUGUCUAAUAAGUGCUUCACUAACUUAAUCCUUAGGCAGAAACUUCAACAGGAGUUCUGCUAUAUUACUAUUUGGGUUAUAGUAAGGUAAUAAAACCUAAAUAACUAGGAGUUUAAAGACUACGAUAUGCUUUUUAAGAAGUGGGGCUUUUUCUUACAAAAAUAAUACUAAGGAUUUUUGUUAGUUUCUAAUGUUAGGUCUGUUUUUGUUACCUUUUUCACAUCAGUUCUCUGUUUUUUAAAAAAUAAAAUAAAAACCCUGCCUCUCAGAAUACUUUUUGGGUACAUGUUUAUAGACAGAGGUUUUCCCUCUAGGUUUUUAAUCCAAUACUUUAAAAAGCUGUAAGAGUGUUUAUUUUGCUGGACAUGGAAUAAAUAUGCUUCUGCUUAAAGAUUAAUAUAUGUUUUAAAAGUUAUAAAUUAUGGAAUAUGUUGCUUAUUAUAUACCUUAAAUCUUCAAGGAAUAUAUUUAGUUUGACCAUAAUAAAAAUAAAAUGAAAAGUAUUGAUUCGUUAUUUAUCAUGUUUAAUUCUGCAAUGCUCUAAUAAAAUACUAAAAUAGUCUCAUUCUACACAAGAAAAGGCUUUGGCCUUUUGUUUGAGUAUAUAUUUUUAUCAAAUAAAUUUCACAGUCUCUCAAACUGAGGGAUUUGGAUAUUAACAUGAGAAAAAUAUGCAGAUUUUAAAUACAUAUUUUACAAUACUUAUUUAGGUCUGUUGCUAAAAUGGACGAAAUUCAGCCCUGCUCCAAAUAGUCACUUAAAUGAGAAUUUAAUGUCAACAUGUUCAGAAGUAGCCCUUGAAAUUAAAGUAAUUUCAGACUUUUGUAAUAAGAGUAUUCCUCCAGAAAAGAUUAAUCAACAUCUGGAAAUGGACAUUUAAUUCUGAAAGCACCAAUACUUGAAAAAGUGAUUUAUUAUUAUUAUUUCAUUAUUUAUACCCCGCCCAUCUGGCUGGGCCUCCCCCGCCACUCUCGGCGGCUUCCAACAAGUACCAAAAUACAUUAAAAUAUCACAGAUUAAAAACUUCCCUAAACAGGGCUGCCUUUAGGUGUUUUCUGAAUGUCAGGUAGUUGUUUAUCUCCUUGACCUCCGAUGGAAGGGCGUUCCACAGGGCGGGUGCCACUACCAAGAAGGCCCUCUGUCUGGUUCCCUGUAGCUUUGCUUCUCGCAGUGAGGGAACCGCCAGAAGGCCCUCGGCGCUGGACCUCAGUGUCCGGGUAGAACGAUGGGCGCAGAGACACUCCUUCAGGUAUACUGGAUUUUGUUUUAAGCAAGUGCUUUGCUGAAUUCUUUCUACAAAUAAAUAGUAACUGUGGAAAAAACCUCAGUAUUUCUCUAAAAAGGCUACGUUUUUAGCUAGCAUGUAGGUAUUUAAACAUACUAAGGAAAUGUAGCAUUACUUUCCCAUCUACCUUUGUUGGAUUUUUCUGUAUGGAAAGGAAGGGUUAUGAAAACCUUUUAUAUAUAUAUAAAUAGAUGCUUAAGUUAUUCUCCCCACCCCACCCCACCCCCACAAAGCAACUACUGUAUAUUCCUGCAUAUAAGACUACUUUUUAACCCAGGAAAAUCUUCUCAAAAGUCGGGGGUCGUCUUAUACGCCGGGUCGUAUUUCUUAUACGGCGAGUAUAUCCCUAACUCUAUAUUUUAACUGGAAAAGUUGAGGGUCGUCUUAUACGCCGGGUCGUCUUAGUACGCUGGAAAAUACGGUAUUGAUGGCUCACUUCGAAUAGCCACACUUAGGUCAAUGGGAUAAUUUCAGAGAAUUGCAUCUGGGUGUCACCCUUGUGAUUAUAUAUUGGGAUACCUUUACUUUAUUUACUCUCCUAUAUUUACUAGGGCAGUACACAUGAUCUUGCCAGAUCCCAAACCAAAUUCAAGUUGAACUGGGGUGCAGCUGGAUUGGAUUGAGGCAGCCCCAGGUCAGAUCAGGUCCACCUGGGGUGAUCUGGGAGUGUCAAGGGCAGGGGCAGAUGUGCAGGCAACCUGCAUGUGUUAUCCCCCACCCCACCCAAUGACCAUGCUUAAUCAGGGUUUUUAAACCUAAUUAAACGCUGUGUACAGACUUGGGUUGGUAGGGGUCCAGAUCAGAGUUGCUUCAAUCCCAGGUCAGAUCAGGGCCUGCUCCAAAGCAAAUAGUUACCUCUCUCACAUUACAGAGUUUUCCAAAUUAUUGUUGUAAUUCCUGGAUUCAGAAGUGGGGAAUCCAAAAAAAAAAUUGCAUUUAGCAACUUUGAUUCCAAACUAGUUCGAUGUAUUGUUUAGACCACAACUUCAAUGAAAUUUUUUCUGCAUCUUUAGCAUCAUGUCUGAAUCUUGACUAUUGGGUUAGAUCAGGCAUAGGCAAACUC